UUUCAGUCUGCAGCGAGCGUUCAGACGGUUUGGUUCAGUUGUUCAGUUACUUGUGCUCGCGCCAGCGAUCGCAUUGAGCCCGCCUUCAGCUCCCUCCCAGAAACCACCCAAAACAAAUACAAUUCAAAAAACAAAACAAACAAAAAGCAAAAAGAAAUAAAAAACAAACGCGAGAGAUACAUCUAAUAAUCGACCUAUCGACCGGCGGUUGAUAGCUUGGUGGUGUGAACUGUGCGCUAAUUUGAAAAAAACGAUUCGAAAUUUUGCAAUUAAUCGAAAUUAACACGCCGCCAAUAAAGUGCAACGGGGAACAAUCGUUAAAUCGCAUUUGGCUUUAAAAACCAAAAAUAACAAAGACGAAAUAAAUGAUUAUUUCUGACCAUAAAUGAAACUGUGCAACAUUAGCAGCUAAUUUGCAUUUGAUUUGUUUUUGAUUGAGAUAACAACAGCGAUUGUGUAAGGCACCUCUAGGAACCAGUUGGAUUAUAGCAGGAAAUAUGUCUGUGAGAUGUUUCAACACGGUGCCCUGGGCGUUGUUGGUGGCACUGCUGUUGGCCGCACUCAUGCUCCAAUUAGCAACCGCCGAGGAUGAGGCAGCCACAGCAGGUGCAGAGAAUGUGAGCACCGAAAGCAAUGAGAUUAUACCACGUGAGGCAAUACAGAAGCUGGACUUUUCGGUACGUCAAGCGCUGCUGCGAGCCAUCGAUAAGCUGGAGCGAGAAGAGGCCAAUUCAGCAAAUGCUGGCGAAGAGCCAGACGAACUAGUGAGCACUGUGCCUCCGAUAAAGAGUACCACACAACCCUCACACCGCGAGCGCGAAGAGAUCUUGGAGGAGAGCACAAACGCCGCAGAGACUGUGGUGCCCACUGUGCAAUUCUAUACGGCAACUUUCGAUGAGCGCAACGCACAGGAGCAGUUACUCUCCUCGUUCAUUGAUCGCUCUAAGCUGUGGAAGAAGACAACGACGGUACGUAAGCAGACUGCAGCUGAUGCCGCACUCAAUCUCGAGUCAAAAGCGGACGCAAGUUCAGGUCCAGAUUCGCGACAACUGACACGAAGUGUGGACAGCUCGUUGGGCAGCAAUGAGAUCGCUCACGAUGGCAGCAACGAGAUCAAGUUCGAGAUACGUAAUGUCAAAAAGGCGACGACAACAGCCACGCCAACAACAACAAGCACAACAACAACGACCACAACGCCACGUCCACGCACCACAAAACGUCGCACCACGACGACAACAACAACCACAACGACAACCACUCCACGUCCCACUCACAACGAGGAUGGCGAGAACAUUGAGCUGGUUGACAAGCAGGACAUACGCAUACAAGAGGCUCCACUGGUUACCGCUUUCACUGUCGAUCUCGAUGAACGUGGCACAGCACAGAAGUUUCGUCCGCUGUUGCAGGGCGAGCACAGUUUCCAGCAACAACAGCUAGCACUGCCUUUGCCCCAUGUUGGACCCACUAUCACCAAGCUGAAUGUGUUGGAGUCAGAGUUGUCGGCACCGCCACUUACAACGCAGAGUCCAACCAGCACAACUAGCACCACUCAGACGAGCAUCAGCCAUGCCAGCUAUUCCACAACACCGGCAUUCAUCAGCAGCAGCAGCACAACGAACAACUACAUAAAGGAGCCACUGCAGAGUCCUAGUCUGACUGUGCAGGCGCCGCCCAGCGUGAAUAACUACAUUAUUGAGCGACAGCGAGCAUUGGAACAGCAGAUCUAUCAGUUGAAGUUGCAGGCACAGCAGCAACAGGCAUUGAUCUUGCGACAACUGCAGCUGCUGGAGGAGCAGAGUCAAAGUCGUUACCAAACCUCGCCACUUGCACAAUCGAGCACGUUGCAGCCACUCCAGCAGCAGCAGCAGCAACAGUCGCUUCAACAAAUUCAGCAACAACAACAGCAGCAACAGCAACAAUUGCAGCAUGCAUCACUGGAGGCAAUACAAACGUUGCAGCCUCCUUCGCCGGGUUAUUCGAUCAGACCUUCAGUCGAAUUUAUACCCAGUACACACACAAAGACCAUUAUCUAUCCCACAUAUCCAAUUGAGCAGCAAUUGCCGCAGCGGGAUGCCGUUUCGGCUCAUAAAUUUGCCCUACACAACGUUAAUGGCAACACGAAUAACAAUAACAACAACAACAACAACUAUCAGAAAUUGCCAACACCAACGAAUGCAGUGCAACAAAUUUUCCAAAAUUUGCAGCAAAAUUUGCAACAAAAAACAGCGGAAAACGCUGUCAGCAAUGCACAAAAUACCAAUAGCAUUGCCAGCGGCAGCAGUAACAACAAUCAGUUCAACUUUGCGCCCGCGGAGGCGUCGCUCUUGCAAGCCCUGCCCCAAAAUAAUUACCAACAAUUUCAGCAGCAACAUCAGCAGCAACAGCCACAGCAGCAGCAGCAGCCAUUGCUUUUGCCUAGCUAUGUUACUAAUGCGCUCUAUCAGCGCCAGCAAGAGCAACAGCAGCAACAACAGCAUCAGCAACAGCAUCGAUCGCGUCUAUUUCGUCAGGAAUCGGGCACUGGAAACUUUGGCCUAAAUAAUGCCAAUGUUGAGAUCCAUCCAAGUAACUCAUUUGCCACCACCAUUGUCAGCCAACAAAACACUCUGGACAAUCAAAAUUUCUAUAGACAGCAUUUGACGCCUCAGCUAAGCAGCCGAUUGCAGCAAAAUGCGCAGCAAUAUCAACAGCAGCAGCAGCAACAGCAACAACAGCAGCAACUGUUGCAGCAGACAACAUCCUCAACGGCAGCAACGGGUGCGAACAGCGUAAGCUCAGCUCUCAACCAUGGCAUACCGCAAUUUGCAUCACAAAAUCUGCACUUCAAUGGCGCCUUUUGAGCACCAACAACCGCAACUGCACCACCAACCACCACCAACUUCUAAGCACCAAACUCCACCAUCUUCUGAGCCAGUAUCCAACAACAUCCUCAACUCCCAAAAAUAUCUAUGCACAUCCAACAUACCACAUCACCAGCACUCAACUCUCUCAACCAAUCCUGUCCGGCCGGAUGUCAGGCGUUCUAUAUUGUAACUUCUGCCACUUAAUUAAGCCUUCCUGCAACAUCUCUGUAAAUACGCACCUUAAGGCAUAAGCAUAUUGAUAAACAUACACAAACACCAGAGGACAGCUGAAGAAGGCGAAGAAACUACGCAAAAUAUGAAUAUGGGCGGCCGUUGCGAUUUUAUGCAAAGCUUGUGCAAAGCUACAUGUCAAAUGUAAUAAUUAUUUAUUUUUUAUGUGAAUAAAGUUUAUGUUAAAGUACAACAAACUAA